CCUCCCCAGUUAGCCCCCUGCGCAGGAGCGCCCUCUGGCGGCCGUUGUCCACCAGCGAGCAGGGCAGGAGCUGGGACCGCUCUGCUCCAGUGCAGGUUGUGGCCGCCGCCUGAUUCUGCGCACACUGAGCCCCGGAGUCCCUGUCAUUCUGCCGCUGCACGCACCGCCCGCCCCGGUCCCGGCAUGGCUUCUGGGGACCUGUACGAGGUUGAGAGGAUUGUGGACAAGAGGAAGAACAAGAAAGGCAAAUGGGAAUACCUGAUACGAUGGAAAGGAUAUGGCAGUAGUGAAGACACCUGGGAGCCGGAGCAUCACCUUCUGCACUGCGAAGAGUUUAUUGAUGAAUUUAAUGGACUCCACCUAACCAGAGACAGACGAGCCAAAACGGGUAAUAAACAGGCGGUGGCAUCAAAGCUCUUGCGAGGGACUACUGUGGACAAAAUGCCACACAGAUCAACAGAUUCAGGAAGAUCCAGGGGGGCAUCACAGAAAAGGAGGAGGAUACAUUCAUUUCAGAAACAGAAGAAGGUGUGUUCUCCCAAGUAUUCUCCCGGGGACAGGUCUACAAAGACAUUAACAUACAGAACUACUCCUAGUGGGCUGCAGAUUAUGCCACUGACCAACCCCUUGGAGAAUGGGAACCCCACUAAUCACACAGAGGGCAAGCACUUUGAGAAUGGCACUGAGCAAGAAAAAAAUUACCUUGAAGAUGACAAAGGGAAACAAGUUUUGCCAAGCUGCCUGGAGGUCUGUGACUCGCCCAUAGUCAACGGAAUCGAUGAAACAUUGACAAAUGGAGGACUGACCCCGCACAGCCCGGUCAAGAGGAAACUAGACUUGGAGAAGGACUGCAUGUUUGAUAAGAGACUGAGGUACAGCGUCCGUCAGAAUGAAAGUAGCUGCCGAUUCCGCGACAUAGUCGUCAGGAAGGAAGAGGGCUUCACUCACAUCCUUCUGUCCAGUCAGACGUCUGACAACAACUCCCUGACACCUGACAUUAUGAAAGAGGUCCGACGGGCUUUGUGCAAUGCUUCAACUGACGACAGUAAGCUCCUGCUGCUCAGCGCUGUUGGCAGUGUUUUCUGCAGCGGUCUGGAUUAUUCCUACCUUAUCGGAAAGUUAUCUACAGACAGAAGAAAAGAAAGCUCAAGAAUCGCAGAAGCUAUAAGGGAUUUUGUAAAGGCAUUCAUCCAGUUCAAGAAACCAAUAGUGGUGGCCAUCAAUGGCCCAGCCCUUGGCCUGGGGGCGUCCAUCUUACCUCUAUGUGAUAUAGUGUGGGCGAGUGAAAAGGCCUGGUUUCAGACUCCAUAUGCUACUAUCCGCCUGACUCCUGCUGGGUGUUCCUCGUACACUUUUCCUCAGAUACUUGGCGUAGCUCUGGCAAAUGAGAUGCUGUUCUGUGGAAGGAAGCUGACCGCACAAGAGGCGUGUAGCAGAGGGCUGGUGUCCCAGGUGUUCUGGCCCACAACAUUCAGUCAGGAGGUCAUGCUCCGAGUGAAAGAAAUGGCUGCCUGCAGUGCUGUGGUAUUAGAGGAAUCCAAAUGUCUAGUGAGGAGCUUCCUCAAAUCCGUGCUGGAGGAUGUGAACGAGCGAGAGUGUCAGAUGUUGAAACAGCUCUGGAGCUCCCCCAAAGGCCUGGACUCUUUGUUCAGCUACUUACAGGACAAAAUCUAUGAAGUCUGAUUCCAGCAGCAAGUCGGACUGGAGAAAAGCUUUUUCUUCCGUCUUCGCGCCUGCCGUAACCUUGAAUGAUGUCUGGGACACUGUUGUGAAAGUUCCCAGAAUUAUGCAAUGAGGUAUUCCACGGAAUCUGUCCUACUGCUUCCACCUGAUUCUUUAAUUUUUCUCGUUACAUUAAGUGGUAUCGGCUGUUGAAACCAUACACAAUGUACUCGAUGAUAAAAACUUCCAUCCCUGCAAAAAAAAAAUGUAACAUUCCAUCUGCCACAAAGCACCUUCUUUUCAGCAGAAUUUCUUACUGUGAUGAUGACGCAAACAUUCGAAAACUUAGUUGAAGUAAUAAUGUGAGAAUUGCACUUUGUAUCUAUUUUGGUUGUUUUUUAAUUAUUCCUUCCUUGUACUUACAUAUUGGAUGAUUUGUGUGUAUAGUUGGGUUUUCUCUUUGUUUUCCUGUUUGGUCGUGUAGCCUGAUAAUUUAUUGAAUUUAUGUUUGGAACGGGUAGAGAUGGAAGUUUUUUUUGCCACUUCUGCCCAUCUGAUAAGUAAUAAUAUUACAGAUAAUAAUGCAAGACGCAUUGACCUAUGUUGUGCCACCAAAAACAGGACUGAAAGGGAGUCAUGUUACAUGAAGUGGCAUGGUCACCUUUUACUUGAGUAGUGAGGAAAAACAAAAUGGUGUUUUUUUUGUGUUUAUUAAAGGAGAACACCACCCAAAGCUUAAGGAUGUAUGUUUAGGUUAUAAUAAGGGAAUACGUUACUGGUGGAUCUGUGUUGUUUUUUUGAAAGUAUGGCAGGUUGUUUUCCCAGCAUGUGAAGUCACAUUUUGCCCUCUUCUGUUCUUCGGAAGGUACCCACAGACCAGCCUACAACCCGUGGUUCUCCAGCUGCUUCUAAAUUCCAUGCUGGAAGUUGUAGCUGGAGAGCUACAAGCUGGAGGUGGUCCCACGAAGAGGAAAAGUUAUGGCCAGAAAUUUUCACAUAAGGUUGUGCAGAUAAGCAGAAGAAAACUGUUAAAUCUCCUUCCAUGGUAUCACCUUCCCAGGUGGUAUCUGGUAAUACAACGGGAGGCUG